UCUCUCUUUCGCGGUCUUUCCUUUCUCUUUCUCUUUCUCUUCUCUCUCUCUGCAGCGACCCUUCUUCUCCAGCUCGCGCGUCUGCGCAGGUACAACCGCGGUGGAAGCAGCAGCUCAUAUCGCCAUGAGAGCGACGCUCUAGGCAGCAUUUGACUUCCAGGGAUCGAAUUGAAGUCGAGGUGGCAUAAUGGGGUUCAGCUUGGGCUCUGUUUUGAUGAGUUUGGGGAUGCGAUCGGAGGCCGAUCAAGUAUCUGUGGAGGCUAUCACGUUGUUCGUUGGGCUCCUUUGCACCUGUAUUAUCAUUGGACAUCUUCUGGAGAAAAACAAAUGGAUUAACGAGUCUAUUACAGCCCUUACGAUCGGUCUUUGCACUGGAAUCGUUCUUCUGCUAACUACAGAAGGAAGACGCUCACAUAUCUUGGUCUUCAAUGAGGAGCUUUUCUUUAUAUAUGUUCUUCCACCUAUUAUCUUUAAUGCUGGGUUUCAAGUUAAAAAGAAACAGUUCUUCAGAAAUUUCAUGACAAUUACUCUAUUUGGGGUGGUUGGUACUCUGAUAUCCUUCUUUAUCAUAUCACUAGGUUCUGCACAGCUGUUCAAAAUGUUGAAUGAUGUUGGCUUCCUGGAGAUGGGAGAUUAUUUUGCACUUGGAGCAAUUUUCUCUGCCACAGAUUCUGUUUGCACAUUGCAGGUGCUAAAUCAGGAUGAGACACCUCUACUUUACAGUCUAGUUUUUGGAGAAGGCGUGGUUAAUGAUGCUACUUCUGUUGUCCUCUUCAACACACUCCAAAGAUUUGAUCUCUCUCAUACCACCUCAGGCAUUGCCACACAAUUUGCUGGCAGUCUCUGCAGUUUAUUUUUCACAAGCACAUUGCUUGGUGUAGCUGUUGGUUUACUCAGUGCAUAUAUCAUUAAGAAACUCUACUUUGGCAGGCAUUCUACUGAUCGUGAAGUUGCUCUGAUGAUCCUCAUGGCUUAUCUUUCAUAUAUGAUGGCAGAACUCUUCUCUUUAAGUGGCAUUCUUACAGUAUUCUUUUGUGGGAUUGUGAUGUCACAUUACACUUGGCAUAAUGUAACUGAGAAUUCAAGAGUAACAACCAAACAUGCUUUUGCAACAAUGUCCUUUAUCUCUGAGAUCUUCAUCUUCUUGUACGUUGGCAUGGAUGCCCUGGACAUUGAAAAGUGGAGUGCUGUAAGCAAGAGUCCAGGCACGUCAAUUGGAGUGAGCACCAUACUGCUUGGCCUAAUUGUCCUUGGGAGGGCUGCUUUUGUGUUCCCCCUGUCCUUCAUUUCCAACUUAACUAGGAAGUCUCCAGAUGAUAAAAUUGGUUUUAAGCAACAGGUGACAAUAUGGUGGGCUGGGCUCAUGCGUGGGGCUGUAUCCAUGGCGCUUGCUUAUAAUAAGUUUGCCAGCUCAGGCCAUACACAAAUACGAGGAAAUGCUAUCAUGAUCACCAGCACCAUCUCAAUAGUCCUCUUUUGCACAGUGGUGUUUGGGUUGGUGACCAAACCUCUAAUAAGAUUCCUGCUGCCCCUGCGGAAGCCUUUGAGUAGUAUGGUGGAAUCUGAAUUGUCCUCACCGAAAUCUCUUAUGCUGCCUCUACUUCAAAAUAGUCAAGACCGGGAAGUUGCGAUGAACGGCCAAAACGGCACAACCCUGCCUCUACUUCAAAAUGGUCAAGACCCGGAAGUUGCGAUGAACGGCCAAAACGGCCAAAACGGCACAACCCGUCCAAGGAGUCUAUGCAUGCUCUUGACAACUCCUGCUUACUCCGUGCACUAUUACUGGCGUAAGUUUGAUAAUGCUUUUAUGCGUCCGGUGUUUGGAGGGAGGGGCUUCGUGCAACGCAUCCCGGGCUCACCGACUGAGACAGUCGUCAGCUGAUGAUCUUUGGAAACAUCAGAAAUUUUAUAAUUUUGAUACGCAUGUUAUACAGUGGAGCGACCCAGUGCAUAUAUAGUAAGAUGGGUCCGCAUGCUCCGUUACACGGCACUCGUUCGGCCUAUUGAUGAGUAGUGAGGCUGAAUUCCUUGCUUCUUAGGGUUAGCAACUAAUAUGUUCUGAUGACAAACUAUGAUAAUACGUUUAUCGGGAAAAAAAGAGAUUUAAGUUGUUGCAGUAAACACGUUUGAGCUUUCUGUCCAGCUCGUCAAUUAAUGUUAUCAAUUUUGUA